UGAUCACAUAUCGCGAUCUUGAGGACGCCAGGGAGCAACGACGAUGAAACUUCGUCCAAACGUUAGAUGCCGUCGUCGGAGGCGUCCGACGAUCUUGAUUGCGAAAGCCGCAAGCCAUUUCGAAUUCCUGACGUCAUGCGCAAGAUGGUGACGUCAGCGUGUGUCAGUGGAAGGGAACUUUCGUGUUGUGAGCUGCGGACAUCGUGGACUCAAGAUCGUGCGCAUGUCGACUCGUGCGUGAUUGACGGAGAAGGUGGUGAUGCAGAAGAAGACUUGCACGACCAACUACAUUGCGAUAUCCUAAGCAGACUAGGGGAAGACGACCCGCGAGCCAGGGUCCAAGAAAGUGUACCGACAAGCGAUGUUGAGGACGCCAAGACUCGAGGGCGAUGCGACUUUCUCCACGCGUCAGAUGCGGACGGCUCCGACCCAUUGAAACCACCGUGCGGGCCGCUCUUGUUCGUCGCCGCUCGCGCCGAUAGGACGCGUCUCGCAGGGUCCAUCGUCGAGUGGGUCGGCGAAGGCGAAUACAGUUUCAAGUUUACAUUGCGGAAGCAUUACAGAAGUGAUGGUUCCAUCGACGACAUCGCAAAAGGAUGCAAGGUUGCCGGGAGGAUGUUCGGCGGGUACGGCCGGCGUGCGAUAUCUUUGCCGUCCUUUGUCCCGCUGUCGCCGGGGCACGACGAGACCGUUCAUGUGACAGACUUCCUCGAGGUUUGGGCGAGAUCUGGUACCUCUGUCGGUGCCGUGGACGUCGGACCUGGGACAUCGAUCAGUGGGCCUGUUGGGUUCGCGGGAGGAGAGUGCUCUGAAAGGAGGAUGGGAGGUCAGGGUGGCCUGCCAGCUACGCCUCCUGAUCAAGAGGUGGGCAUGUUAGACGACUCGGAGGACGACCAUCCGCGUGCUCCUUUGAAAACGGGCUUGCAUGGAUCUCGCCGCCAAGGUUUGCUUGGGGAGUCGACGCCACGUGGAGGCGGCGAUGGCGAACGGUUGCAACAGGGCUCAGAAUCGACGACUCCUCGUCGUCUGGUCGAAAGGAUCGGUGCGUUCGUUCGAGAGGUGCGUGGGUCAGAUGAGACGACUCGCCGGGCCCGACCUGCUCCUGCACAACUGCAGAUGGAGUCGAGCCAUGAACGAGAAGCACGUGGGAACGUCGCCGGUAAAGAGGAGGUGUCCGAGCAGGGGCUGUUCCGUGAGAGAUCGGCCGAAAAGACUCAGUCGGGAGGCAAGCACAACUUGCCAGAUGAGGAAGAGCGAGAGGGAGUAGGUGCUAUGAAAAGGCAGAGAAAGGUAGGAGGGAGUGCUCGGACGCCAACAACACGAGAGGGCGGUUCCGUUGAGAAGAGGAAAAGGGUUGGAGGUGGGGAUGAAACGCCAAAAGACUCGUCGAAACGGCGAGGAACCGGUAAGUCUUCCGGGAAACGGUCGAAAUCAUCGAGGGGGAAGAAAGCAGAUGAGGGCGACAACGGGGAAGGUGAUGACGGCGUGGAGAUUAACCUCAACGCCUUUAACCUCGACAAUGCGUUCUUCCUCGAGAUGAAGACAGGGGUGCAGAGGGACGUCGUGUUGCACAUCCAUCCCGAAAGAAUGUUAGCUAUUCCAGACUGGGAAGACGCGUACAACCACCGAUCCUUGGAUGAGUUCCUCGUUGAUACCAUCGCGUCGGCUAUGAUCGACUGCUACGAACGUAAAGACAUGAGAUACAGGAAGCACAUUUUCGUUCUUGCUCUGAUCGUCGCGCCUCCAGAGAGGGGCGAGCCUGCUGUGCGCGUGCUGCCUGGUGACUUCGACAGCUCACAGACGAGGAAUAUUGGUAUUAUCCUGUGUGUGGACAGCAUAACGCGAGGGCGGCGAUGAAGGUGAAAGACCAUCCCGUGUUUGAGUACUACAACUUCUGUAAAUGGCCGUUCAGACCGAUCUACUUCCCUCACGACG